AUGGCGGAAUCUCGUAGGCCAUCUCGAUGCCACUGCACACAACUACGAGAUUUACCCUAAUCGUUCCAAAAUAACAAAACUGCAUCAUCAUCGUUCGCGCCCAUGUCCGCUGGCAUCGUGCAUGGUUCAUCGUUGCUCCCGCUAUCGGCAUCUCCUCGCGCCGAUCCUGCGUGCCGAGAAACGAGUCGUCGACCCUGCAAAGUGUACUGCCAUCACUUUUCAUCAACCAUCCAUCUUUAGGCCAGGACUAUGAGCAAAUCGCUGUCGCUGCCGCGGCAAGCAUCGAGAAUUGCGAAAGAUGCCUCGCGUAGAUCUGCCCGGUUACGAAGCUAUGCAACCGCAUCGCGAACAGCUCCCUCCGCCGCGGAACCUACAGACCUCGAUCAGAUAACGACUCUUCCCAACGGCAUCAGAGUCGCUUCCGAAUCUUUGCCUGGACAUUUCUCUGGUAUUGGCGUCUAUGUCGAUGCCGGGUCGCGCUACGAGAAUGAUGCUCUCCGAGGUGUCUCACAUAUCAUCGACCGGCUGGCCUUCAAGAGCACGACCAAGCGCUCAUCGGAUCGGAUGUUGGAGAAGAUUGAGGGACUGGGAGGAAACAUACAGUGCGCAUCAUCACGAGAGAGCUUGAUGUACCAGGCGGCCACCUUUAACUCUGCCGUGCCCGACACGAUUGCGUUACUCGCCGAAACGAUACGAGAUCCGGACAUCACGGAGGAAGAGGUGCAAAGACAACUGGAAACAGCGGACUAUGAGAUUGGAGAAAUCUGGGGCAAGCCAGAAUUGAUACUGCCUGAAUUGGUACACAUGGCGGCCUACAAGGACAACACACUGGGGCAGCCUCUUCUCUGUCCAAAGGAGAGGCUAGACCAGAUCAAUGCCCGCACGAUCGAGGCAUACCGCAAAGCUUUCUUCCGGCCGGAUCGGAUAGUGGUCGCCUUUGCUGGCGUACCGCACGACGAUGCUGUCAAGCUCGCGACACAAUACUUUGGCGACAUGAAAGGAUCAGCAAUCACAAAUGCGCCUUCACUGGAAACCAAAUCAUCACAGAUUAUUCCCCAUCCUCUGGAUGCUCCGAUCGACUACACCCAGGCGUCACACUACACUGGUGGCUUCCUGACAUUACCGCCUUUACCUAUACCGCCGAACCCUGCGCUUCCUCGCGUAUCGCAUAUCCAUCUGGCUUUUGAGUCACUGCCGAUCGCAUCACCGGAUAUCUAUGCAUUGGCAACACUACAAACACUGCUUGGAGGAGGAGGCUCUUUCUCGGCUGGUGGGCCAGGAAAAGGAAUGUACAGCCGGCUGUACACCAAUGUGCUUAACCAGUACGGCUGGGUGGAGAACUGCGUGGCUUUCAACCAUGCGUACACAGAUUCUGGACUCUUUGGCAUUUCUGCCAGCUGUGCGACCCAGUUCGUGCCACGAAUGCUGGACACCAUGGCUCGCGAGCUGAGCCUCUUGAGCGCGGAGACUGGCCUUGGACGACUAUCGGAGAUCGAGGUCAAGCGUGCGAAGAACCAGCUGCGAUCUUCUCUGCUGAUGAAUUUGGAAUCACGAAUGGUGGAGCUUGAGGAUCUGGGCAGGCAAGUGCAGGUUCAUGGGAGACGUAUUCCGGUGAAAGAGAUGGUUGCCAGCAUUGAGGCCGUAACAAUGGCAGAUCUCAGACGCGUGGCGAAGCAGGUCUUUGGCGGAGGCGUGUACAACGUUGGACAAGGCUCGGGAGCGCCUACCGUUGUUCUGCAGCAGGGUGAAGAGGAGGGAGUGCAGCUCAGAGAACUUCCGUGGAAUGAUAUCCAGGAGAGGAUUGCGAAGUGGGGACUUGGGAGGAGGUAGAUGAGGAAGGUGAAUCGGGCACUGGUGAGCAGUGCCUUGAAAUUCAUGGCAGAUGUAUGGAUAUUGUACAGAUCGAACUUUUCAACUCAUAGCGGAAGAGCAGGAGGGUGCUUGCUUUGUACAAUAGAUUUCUGGAGGCAGAAGCCAUCCAAAUGAAAUGGAGUGUUUCUGAGGUGAGCUUCGGCUCUCACAUGUGAAGG